UCCUGCACGAAAUGGCCACCAUGAUGCUAGCGGCAAUUUUCGUCGUUCUGAGUCUGAUCGCGACACGCGGAUCCGUUGCGCAGUUCCCGGUACAGGGACUGCAGCCUUUGCAGGAUCAAUGCGCUCAUCUUCAAGAGGAAAACUCCCAUCUCACCGGAACUCUGGACCAGCUGGAGUCGUGUGUGCAGGGCUGUCUGAGAAACAGCUUCUUUCAUCAAACUGAUUGUGAACCUGGGAUACUUGCUUACUACCCUCUGGACAACGAUUUCAAGGACCAUUGCAAUGCAUUUCACGCAACGCCGCAAGGGGGCGUCUCGAUCGACCAUGCAACGGGUCAAAAUGGCGCCGCCAGGUUCGAUGGAACAGGAAAGCUGGUGGUAGAUUUUUUCCGGUUGUACCAAUGGGGUACAGCCUUCUCCAUCAGUGUCUGGUUCAAGCGCACCGGAGGCUUCACUACGUAUUCCGGAAUCGUCAACAACGGUUACCACACGACCGGCAGCUGGGAAAUCCGGAUGGGCCGCUCCGGAAGCACAUAUCUCACGCACGAGGAGUUUGGCUGCGGGGUGGUGACGGCGAACAGUCCGGCUACAUGGGACUUUUCGAGCGUCGACGCGCCGAGUCACACCUGGCAUCACGCCGUCAUGACGUAUGAUGGAUUCCGUCUGAGCUUUUACGUCAACAACGAGCCGCAACAUGGGAACGAGAACUGCUGUUCCGGUCCGAUCCUCGCCAGGAACACGCCUGUAACCAUCGGGCAGGCAGGUCCGGGGACGGUUGGGAAUCCGGAAUUCUUCACCGGGCUCAUCGACGACGUCCGUCUCUACGGGAAGGUGCUGAGCACAGAGGAGAUCGCCGCACUUUACAGCCGUGGUGCAGGGAUGAACUAACACUGUUAAAGCUUCAAUAUGUAACAUGAUGUCGACACAAGGAGUAAUUACUCCGUGUAGCUGUUUUCAAUUUCUAAAUUAAAAACACCUUCACUAAUUGUAUCUUGUUUUUUUUGUGCGAAAUAGAUAAAUAGAUAGAUAAAUAAGAAGGAGGUAUCCCUCCUGCAGGAGUAUUGUGGUCGGUCGAUUUUUCUUGUUCGUAGGUAGGGACGAUAGUGUGGUUAGAAACAACUGUGCCGUGCCCGUUGUUUAAGAAUCGGGGCUGAUUUUGAAUGUAUUUGCAGCGAUUGUGUCCAUUGUAUUUCUCUGUAAUUAGGCAUGUGGUGUGCCAUUAUGUUCGUGAUGAUGCACCUUAUUUUUCUUGUUACCGUAGCAGUUUUCAUAUUGAAGUAAAUGCAACACCCAUAUUUUUAUCAUCCCGUGGAAUAGGCCGUAGCUUAAGUACUGUGUGAUAGGUGAGGUUUUGAAAACAGAUAUCAGGUGGUUGUUUUGUAUAAUUGUUUGCGAGUAUCUUUUGAGAUUGUGACUUAUGGUUUGCACCUACUACGAUACCUUGUCAAAUAAAUUACAUGUACCAAAU